AUGGACGUCGGCGAUGAUUAUGAUAGCAGCGAUGAAGAGGAAGAGGAAAGGGUCGCCGAUUUGGAUCUCUCGGCUGCCUGCUCUGACGGUGAAAUCGCCAGCUCAAGACGUCCCGUCUCUUCUCUGGUCUUCUCGAAUGGAGCUUCAACGGCCGGAUUCGCGAUGACACGGCUUCUCGUGGCGGCGAGAACCAACGACGAUUGA